ACCCAGCAGCCCCCUGCGCUGAGCCAUGUUUGUAGGAAAUCCGCUUGCGGCGGAUUAUUGUAAUCCGACAGCGGUCUGGAGACUCAUCGGAUCACGACAGAGGAAAGCGGAGCGCAGCGGCCUGUAACCGAUGCAGGGCGUCCGAGAAUAAGGGGAUAAAGUCGGAUAUGAUCUGCGGCGCUGCUCGCUGUUGCUGCUGAAGCCUCACAUCGGCGCUGCCCGGGCCGCUUCCUGGACCUCCGACCCUCGGUGACGGCGGCUCGGCUUCAGGGCACCGCGGAGCGGAGCGGGGAGGAACAGCCCGGAUCCUCGGUGAAGACCCCCUCCCUCCCUGCUCCUCCCCCGGCAGGCUGCUCCCAGCCCGGCCCGGCUCGGUCGCUCCGUCCGCGGACUGAAGCGCUGCCGCUCCGAGACGCUCCACUGCUAGCGCGGCUAGCAGCUAGCUAGCUAGCGGGUCCGGAAUUAGUGGCGGUUUAGUUCGGAUUUUAGCUCGUUUCGCGGCCCGCAGCCAGACGGACGGACGGAGGAUGUCGGCCAAAGAGCAGAACAAACUCUCCACCGUGGAACGACCCGUCAAAGCGGUGCCCUACCUCCUGGGACUCGGCUCUCGGUGAAGGACCUGUACGUGGACGGGAGGCCCAGCGUGGAGGUCCUGAAGGCCCACCUGGUGAAGGAGGGGCGUCUGGAGGAGGAGGCGGCUCUGAGGAUCAUCAACGAGGGAGCUGGAAUCCUGAGGCAGGAGAAGUGUAUGCUGGAGGUGGAGGCUCCCAUCACAGUGUGUGGUGACGUCCACGGUCAGUUCUUCGACCUGAUGAAGCUGUUUGAGGUUGGAGGUUCUCCAGCCACCAGGUAUCUGUUCCUGGGGCGACUACGUGACCGAGGCUACUUCAGCAUCGAGUGUGUACUCUACCUGUGGGCACUGAAGAUCAACCAUCCCAACACCUUGUUCCUGCUCAGAGGCAACCACGAGUGCCGACAUCUCACAGAGUACUUCACCUUCAAACAGGAGUGUAAAAUAAAGUACUCUGAGCGGGUCUAUGAUGCCUGUAUGGAGGCCUUUGACUGCCUUCCUCUGGCUGCUCUCCUCAACCAGCAGUUCCUCUGUGUUCAUGGAGGCCUGAGCCCUGAGGUCACCUGCCUGGACGACAUCCGCAAGCUGGACCGGUUCAAAGAACCUCCAGCCUUCGGUCCGAUGUGUGACCUGCUGUGGUCGGAUCCAGGAGAAGACUACGGCUCUGAGAAGACCCAGGAACAUUUUUGCCACAACAGCGUCCGAGGAUGCUCCUACUUCUACAGCUAUCCGGCGGUCUGCGACUUCCUGAUGAACAACAACCUGCUGUCGGUAAUACGAGCCCACGAAGCCCAGGACGCAGGGUAUCGAAUGUACAGGAAAAGUCAGACGACAGGCUUCCCCUCUCUAAUCACCAUCUUCUCUGCCCCCAACUACCUGGACGUGUACAACAACAAAGCGGCGGUGCUGAAAUACGAGAAUAAUGUGAUGAACAUCCGGCAGUUCAACUGUUCCCCCCAUCCCUACUGGCUGCCCAACUUCAUGGACGUCUUCACCUGGUCGCUGCCCUUCGUAGGCGAGAAAGUGACGGAGAUGCUGGUGAACGUGCUGAACAUCUGCUCUGAUGACGAGCUGAUGUCUGAAGGCGACGACACCUGUGAAGGUGGAGCUCCGGCCGUCAGGAAGGAGGUGAUCAGAAAUAAGAUCAGAGCGAUUGGAAAGAUGGCUCGAGUCUUCUCUGUGCUGAGGGAGGAGAAUGAGAGCGUGCUGCAGCUGAAAGGUCUCACCCCGACUGGAACUCUUCCUCUGGGAGUUUUAUCUGGAGGCCGUCAGACUCUUCAGAGCGCCACCGUAGAGGCAGAAGAAGCACGAGCGAUCCAAGGCUUCAACCCUCAGCAUAAGAUCCAGAGCUUUGAGGAGGCCCGAGGUCUGGACCGGAUCAACGAGAGGAUGCCGCCACGCCGCGACAGCAAGCAGCACGAGGCUCCGCCCCCGACCAUCAACAACCUGCCGCCCGACAAGAACGGAACCAAUCAGGCCUAAGCCCCGCCUCCUCGCCGUCCUCCCCCUCCUCCUCCCCCCGUAGGGGAGGUUCAGUCCAGCGGCUCUCAUCGCUUAUUUAUUUCAUCAUCGUCAACGAGACUGAACAGCCGAGUCCUCGUCCAAUCAGGAAGCUCCAGACUCGCCGAGUCCUCGUCCAAUCAGGAGGCUGCUGGCCUCCGGGCGGCCAUCUUUGUUUGUUUGUUUGUUUGUUUUGGUCGGGGGGAGGAGGCGACGCUCAUUCAAACGCUGUGUUCGUGCCCGCAGACACACACAAAUUUACACACAAACAAACACAAUAACAGACAAAAACACACAUUUACACACAUAACACCCAUAAUAACACACAGUAACACAAGUGUUACAGGUCACACACACACACAUUAGCACAAAUACACACAAUACUACACACACACACACACACACACACACACACACACACACACACACACACACACACACACACACACACACAUCCUUUCUUAUGCCAACAAUAGUGUGACUGAGCUCCGCUGAGCGAAGUAUUGAAUUUCUAUAACUGUAUAUUUUAAUUGUUCCUCUUUUCAUGUGAUUUUUGUUUUUUUACAUCUUUAGCUUUAGAGGAGAAUCAGAGGGGGGAGGAGGGGGGAACAGCCGGGGACAGAGGAGGGGGGAGACGGGAACAGCCCAGCUACAGGCUCAUUCUGCUUUAUUAACUCUUUAUUACUGUUGUUGUUGUUAUUGCGUUUAAAAUCAGCUGUUUCAUGCUUUGACUCUUCGUGCGCUGAAGAAGCUCCUCCUGAAAGCUCCAGAAGAGCUUUAAAACGGAGCGGAGUUCAGAUUUAAUGCAGAAUAACUGGAAAAAGACGAAAUUAAAGACGUUUAUUAUUCAAAGAAAGUCACCGAUCGUGUUAUUGUUAUUAAUUAUUAAUCAUAAAUCAAAGAUAAAUUAAUCAAACCUUCUGUGUUCAGCAAAAAAAAACUUUUUUCUUCUCCUCGGUGAAAUAAUUCAACAGAUGAAGAAAAUAUCAGAAAAAUCUAAAUAAAAUCUCAGAAAAAACUAAAUAUGAACAAAAUGUCUGAAAAACAGUAAAGCAUCAGAGAAAAAUUAUUUCAUAUUAUUUCAGUUUUUGCGAAACCUUGUGAAAUUCAUCAACAAAACCUCAAACAGUUUCUGAAAAAUCUGAUUAAAAUGUGUGAAAAAUGUGAAUAAAGCUGAUAAAAAUCAACGGAACAUCUGGACAAUCUGACAUUUAAAAUGUCUUUAAAACAUGUCCAGAAAAUUCAUUUAAAAAAUAGAAAUUCAGAAAUGAAAUUAAUAAAAAAUAUCCAAGUAAAUGUCAAAAAAAUGUCUAAAACGAAAAGGCUUUGAAAAUAAUUUUGGGGAUUAAAAUCUGAAAAAUAUUGCAAAAUAUGGCUGUUAAAUCUUUUCUUCUUGUUGACAAAAUAUUAUUAAAAUCUCUGAAAAAUCGAGAAUUAAAAGGUAAUAACUAUAACAAUAAUAAUAAUAAUAAAUACAAUUUGAGGAGGAUCUUAAAAUGUCCAAAAAAUCACUUAGAAAAUGAAUUUUUUUUUAAAUCUCUGAAAAUUCUCAAAAAAAUCUCUGAAAAGCACAUUGGAAUAUUAAAAUUAAAUUAUAAUAAAUGAAAUGAAGUCUUUUAAUGCCGACAAAAUAUUACUAAAAUCUCAGAGAAAUCUCAAAUAACUGUCCAAAAAAUAUCAUGUCUGUAAAUAAUAAAGUAAUUGUGUGAAAAUAUUAAUAAAAUCUCAUAAGAAUCCAGAAUUAAAAAGCAAAAUAAUAAUAAUAAUAAUAUGUGAGAAAGAUCUUUUUAAAAAAGUGUCCAAUGUCCAAAAAAAAAUCAGAGAAAAAUAAUAUUUUUUAAAAUCGCAAAAAAAAAUCUCAACAAAUGUCUGGAAAUGAAAAGAAAGAAAAUCUCUAAAAAUAUUACCAAUAAUUUAAACUCAGAAAAUAAUUUCUGACUUUGAGAUCCAAAGCUUCACAUUUAAAUUUCAGGAGAAAAACAGGAAGUUAUUUCAGAAUAAAAUCUGAUGGUAAUCUUGUUUUUUGGAGUUUUUUGUUCGAUUUUGCCGCCUCGUUUGACUGAAACGUUAAAAUAAGUCUUAAUAAAGUGGAAUAAUCCUGUGGGCGGAGCUCCAGGUGUGUUCCAGGUGUGUGAGGACCUGGGUGGGCUUGAUUGUGUGCGGGGCGGUGCUGGGCGGGUGGAGUGUGCUGGGCCUCGUUCCUCAGAACAUAUCUACAGAAUGUACAGCGACUGUCUAAAGAGGAUUCAAAUCAACGUUUUUCUGCUUCAACGGCUAAAAAUCUGAGAAGAAAACUUUUUUUGUCGAGUUUCAUGUAAUGCGAGGCCUCAUUUAUGUAGAUGUUUCACUCCAUUCAAUAAAAAACAGGAAAAUGA